CAUGGCGGCGCGGGGUGGCGGGCCCUGAGCGCCGCGGCGGGCGCGCACCAUGAACUCGUGGGACGCGGGCCUGGCGGGGCUGCUGGUGGGCACGAUGGGCGUCUCGCUGCUGUCCAACGCGCUGGUGCUGCUGUGCCUGCUGCACAGCGCCGACAUCCGCCGCCAGGCGCCGGCGCUCUUCACCCUCAACCUCACGUGCGGCAACCUGCUGUGCACCGUGCUCAACAUGCCACUCACGCUGGCCGGCGUCGUGGCGCAGCGGCAGCCCGCAGGGGACCGCCUGUGCCGCCUGGCCGCCUUCCUCGACACCUUCCUGGCCACCAACUCCAUGCUCAGCAUGGCCGCGCUCAGCAUCGACCGCUGGGUGGCCGUGGUCUUCCCGCUGAGCUACCGCGCCAAGAUGCGCCUCCGCGACGCCGCGCUCAUGGUGGCCUACACGUGGCUGCACGCGCUCGCCUUCCCCGCCGCCGCGCUCGCCCUGUCCUGGCUCGGCUUCCACCAGCUGUACGCGUCGUGCACGCUGUGCAGCCGGCGGCCCGAUGAGCGCCUGCGCUUCGCCGUCUUCACGGGCGCCUUCCACGCGCUCAGCUUCCUGCUGUCCUUCGUCGUGCUCUGCUGCACGUACCUCAAGGUGCUCAAGGUGGCUCGCUUCCACUGCAAGCGCAUCGACGUGAUCACCAUGCAGACGCUCGUGCUGCUCGUGGACAUCCACCCCAGCGUGAGGGAGCGCUGUCUGGAGGAGCAGAAGAGGAGACGGCAGCGGGCCACCAAGAAGAUCAGCACCUUCAUAGGGACCUUCCUCGUGUGCUUCGCACCCUACGUGAUCACCAGGCUGGUGGAGCUGUCCUCCUCAGUGCCCAUCGGCUCCCACUGGGGGGUGCUGUCCAAGUGCUUGGCCUACAGCAAGGCCGCGUCGGACCCCUUCGUGUACUCCUUACUGCGACACCAGUACCGCAAAAGCUGCAAAGAGAUUCUGAACAGGAUCCUGCACAGGCGUUCCCUCCGCUCCUCGGGCCUCACGGGCGACUCCCACAGCCAGAACAUUCUGCCAGUCUCGGAGUGAAGGACGCCGCUCUUGCUGGACACCGAGGAAUGGCACAGUUGGUGAGAAGCGGGGAGGGAGGGCUCGGGGUCCCAGGUGGACACCUCCAGCUGCCACCCACCUGGCCAGCCAGCCAGGUUCCAGGCCGGUUCCCUGGCUCGCAGGGGCUCUGAAGCCUGCCUUCCGGUUCCUUGAGGGCAGAGCUCGGACUGUCCCUCUUUUGCACCAAAGGACGACCAUGGUUACGCGCUCUGGGCUUUUCUUUUGGAGAAGCCCCUUGGAGCUCCUGGACUCCCCAGAGACUCCCCAGGAGUGACGCUGAGUCCAGUCAUGAUCAAGGACACGCAGUGCUGGUGGCAGGUGAGGAAGCAUGGCGUCCACCUGCUUCGUAACCACUAGGCAUUGGGAUCCAUGCUGAAGAAUAGUGGUGGUCUCCAUGACAUCAGUCAUGCUGAAAGUGAGGUUGGCAGUGGCCAUUCGGCCUUAUGUCCAGCAUGGCUACUCUUCUCCACAUGGUAUUGGUGGCUGCUUUAACCCAAAUAUUAUCCAGCUGGUACUCACUAAACUGUGCUCUGCUGGGACUCUUGGGACCCUAAGCCCAAGGGGAAAAUGUUUAACAACUAGCGGCUACCCAAUUGUUGCCGAGCAGUGGUCUUAGAAAUGGUUCUAUUGGAUUAAACUCUGGUCCCCCACUUUCCCGCAAAAGCUAACGUUCGUGUGUGUAGACAAUCUUAGCAUGAAAAUGGUUUAAAUAGGCAGGCAAUACAUGUAAUAAUGUUCUUGGAGGUCUGACCUUGAAGUCACCUUCUUCUGAUUCAUGCGUCAUAACUGUUGGAGCCAAGGAGAGGCAGGAGGAAGGUGGCAGCCUGGUGUCCCCACCCCUGGUUACGACCUGAAUUUGCAGGAGGCCUUUCACCUUGUCUCACACAUCUCACCCGCACAUCCUGUGAGAGGCACCCGCAAGAACUGACCUGAGCAAGGUUCAAGCGUUGGUUCUAAGGCACUCGGUUCCAUGGUCCUAGUGGGUCCACAUCUAGUCUCCAUGAGUCUAUCAACAAAAAGUCGAGGCUGUCCCGGGUGAUCAAGUGCCCUGUGUUAAUGAAGGGAGGGUGACAUUUUUAUCAAAAAUGAUAACUUCGAUACCUAUGCCAACCCAUUAGCAGCCCCAUCUUGAGUUACGGAAGCCAAGAUGAGUGGGCCGUGCUUUCUACCCAUCCGUCUUUACCAUUUUGGAUGAUGUGUGAAUGCUAAGAACAGUUAUUUCUCGGUCCUGUGUUCUGAUGCCUCCGGCAUAGAAAGGACGGGGAGCCUCAGGCUCUGAUAGCUCAUUCUCUCUUUCCAGUUCUGUGUGU